AUGAAGUGCCUCGUCUGGAUCUGUGGCUUGGCGGCACCCGAAUACGCCGACAUUCGCACUCACGCUCUACGCAAACUGGAGAAUAGUCCUGAAACUACACUGAGGGAGCUCAGCGCUGAAAUUCAGCAAAUUCUAGACCUUCGACAGGACGCCAAACUUAUGUGCAGCCCAUCGUCGACAGCUGCACCCCCAUCUGAAAUCAACGCGAUGGAGACCAAGAAGGGUCAAAACAGAGAACCGCCUCCGCCAUGUUUCCGCUGUGGAGGACCCCACUGGGCGAAGGAAUGCGACUUCAUCGAAAAACGCUGUCACGCAUGCAACCGUCUCAGGCACAAGAAGGGAUUUUGCAAGAAUUUCAACAUGAGGGGAACCUCAAACCUGAAGAAAAAGCGGAAAAGGGCCAACCAAGUUGUCGUCGCCGCUUCCGCCAUCGCCGACACAGCUCCAAUCAAACGCAUCUACCGGACUGUGGAGAUCAAUGGAGUCUCCACACGCAUGCGCCUAGAUACAGGCGCAGACGUCACUCUUCUGAGUCAGAGGGAUUGGAUCGCCAUCGGCCGUCCGAAGCUGCUGCCAUUGCUAUUCAAGCUCAAAUCCGCAAACAACAAGGAAAUCAAUGUUCGCGGCUACUUCAAGUGCAAAUUCGCCAUUGAUGAACGCCAAGGAAGUGGAACCUGUCAUGUGGCCGACACCACUUCGCUACUGGGAUUCGACUGGAUCGCACAGCCGCUAUGGCACUGCACCUUAACUUCCAACGAACCGCUCUUCGAUCGCCUCUUUGGAAGUAUUAGAUGCAGUGCCAUAUCCGACUCAACACUGGCUACUGUACGAACAUCCCUCACCACACGGCUCCGGAAACAGUUCCCUGCUGUAUUCGCCCCAGUACUGGGGUGCUGCACAAAAACGAAAGCUUCGCUCAAGCUCAAGUCGGACGCGACUCCUGUCUUCCGGAAAGCUCGUCCGGUUCCAUACGCUGUUCAGCCAAGGAUCAGCCGAGAAAUCGAUCGCCUGGUAGCUGAAAAGGUUCUGACGCCGGUCGAACACUCCGACUGGGCCGCACCGGUAGUCGUCGUUCAGAAGAAGAAUGGAUCAAUCCGUCUUUGUGCAGACUUUGCUAAGCUCAAUGGAGGAAGAGCUCGAAGGAAAGCCAACCAUGGACUGCCACAAGGAAGUCGUUAUAAGAGGACUCCGAUACCUGGGAAGAGUGAUCUAACCACUGACAGUAAAGUGGACCAGGCUGCAAAGGCACGAGUAAACGCGGCAUGGAUCAAGUAA